AUGGCAGAGGCAGUUUUCCGUCCCCCAAGGAGGAAAAGAAGAGUGUAUGAGAGCUGUGAGUCUCCACUGCCGAUCCCUUUCGGUCAGGACUGUGGUCCUCAGAAGGACUUUAGAAUAUUCCGGGCCGAGAUGAUAAACAACAAUGUGAUUGUGAGGAACGCAGAAGAUAUGGAACAGCUCUAUGGGAAGGGUUAUUUUGGAAAAGGUAUCCUGUCCAGAAGCCGUCCAAACUUCACAAUUUCAGAUCCUAAGCUGGUUGCUAAAUGGAAAGAUAUGAAGACAGACAUGCCUGUAAUCACGUCAAAAAGGUAUCAGCGUAGAGUGGAAUGGGCCACAAACCUCAUGCGAAGACAAGGCCAGGAUGAGAGCACAGUGCGUAGACUCCUUGAGGAUUACACAAAGCCCCUUCAGCAUCUUUGUCUGCAAAGGAAUGAAGAGGUCCAGUUGUGUAAUGAGCUGAACUCUGAAAUGGUCUCCAAAAUGGAAGGCACAGCAGAUAGAGAGAAACUUUCUGCCAUGAAUGAGGUUGCAGGAAAGUCACAUGAUCUGGAGGAUCCCAGCAAGCGAUCAGACCACCCGCAGGAGGGCUCCAGGCCUGACCUGAUACCUACCCACGGCUCGGGUGAACACGUGGCGGAGGUCACCGCUCCUCUGCCCCACGUGCACUGGAGCAAACAGGCUGUUCUUCUCCCGCCCUCUGGCGCUCAGCCUGGGGACAGCAGCCAACAAGCGGGUCUGGUCCCGGCCAGCGAGAGAGGGCCUGAGCAUCACUGCGUGCUGGUGGAGGAAGUCGUGUGUGACGUGAGUGAGAGGGAAGACGCCUCAGGUGGGGACUUGUCGCCAAAAAAGAGACUGAUAUGCAGGAGAAAUCCAUUUAGGAUCUUUGAGUACUUGCAGCUCAGCCUGGAAGAGGCUUUCUUCCUGGUCUAUGCUCUAGGAUGUCUAAGUAUUUACUAUGAGAAGGAGCCUUUAACGAUUGUGAAGCUCUGGAACGCCUUCCGCGUAGUUCAGCCUACGUUCAGGACUACGUACAUGGCGUACCAUCACUUCCGAAGCAAGGGCUGGGUGCCCAAACCGGGACUUAAGUACGGAACAGAUUUGCUGUUGUAUCGAAAAGGCCCUCCAUUUUACCACGCAAGUUACUCUGUCAUCAUCGAGCUGGUGGAUGACCGUUUUGAGGGCUCUCCUCGCAGACCUCUCAGCUGGCGGUCCCUGGCUGCCCUGAGCAGAGUUUCAGUCAGUGUCUCCAAGGAAUUUAUGCUGUGCUAUUUGAUUAAACCCUCCACCAUGACUGACAAAGAAAUGGAGUCACCAGAAUGUAUGAAACAAAUUAAAGUUCAGGAGGUGAUUCUAAGCCGUUGGGUUUCUUCACGGGAGAGGAGCGAUCAAGACGAACUUUAA